AUGACAUCCAUUGGUACGGGGUACGACCUUCAGAAUUCUGUCUUUUCACCUGACGGCAGGAACUUUCAGGUCGAGUACGCGGUCAAAGCAGUCGAGAACGGAGGUACCUGCGUCGGCAUUCGAUGUAAAGAUGGUGUUGUCUUGGCAGUAGAGAAGAUUGUAACCAGCAAAUUGUUAAAACCUGGUGCGAACAAGAGGAUAGCAACGGUCGAUCGCAAUGUCGGUGUGGUAUCUUCAGGCCUUGUCCCAGAUGGUCGACAUUUUGUAUCACGAGCACGAGAUGAGGCUUCAUCAUGGCGGUCGACAUACAAAGCACCUAUACCUCUCGCUGCUCUUGCCGGUAGAUUAGGUGGCUACGUCCAAGCAUACACACUUUACUCAAGUGUCAGACCGUUUGGUGUAACAGCCAUAGUCGGUGGCUGGGAUUCGGAAGCAGAGCUGGGAGUAGAUGGACAAGUGGGUAGUGGGCCAAGCAUCGGCGCUGGUGGGAAGGUAUCAGGCACUAAGGCUGGAGGUCCGGGCUUGUACAUGAUCGAACCAAGUGGUCUUUACUGGGGAUACUAUGGCGCAGCUACAGGGAAAGGUAGGCAGGCAGCUAAAGCGGAACUCGAAAAGCUGGAUCUAGCAUCGGGCAAUCUGUCACUCGAAGCCGGCGUGAGGGAAGCAGCUCGAAUCAUCUAUGUUGCACACGAGGACAGUAAGGACAAAGAUUUUGAGCUGGAGAUGUCCUGGAUUAGCUCGACCGAGGGACCAACCAAGGGAAGGCACCAGGAGGUCCCGAAGGACAUCUUAGAGGAGGCAGAGAAGGCAGCCAAGAAGGCGAUGGAGGGCGACGACGAAGAGGAAACGACGGCCGCCGAAGGGGAGACGAUGGAGGAAUGA